GAGAUGGCGAUCUCUUUGUUUAAGUUGACAUCGGUCCCUGACAUCUGUCCGGACCUUCCUCUACUUCUGUCCUCCUUGUCCCGUCGCAAGUAUGUCUUGGCUGAUAAUGUAUAAUACAUUUGUUUUAUUAAGCUGCUUGACAGUGUUUUGCGGUGAGUGCCCACCUAGUGCUGCAUGAGUACAGUACAUUCAUUCAUUCCUUGACACGCAACCAGACAUGGUCGCUGACAGUAUGCCAGAGUCCGCUCCCUCAAUUCGAAACGUGAGAAGGAUCGGCUCACGGACCUCUUCAGCCUGUGAAGCUGUCGAUGUUUCAAAUCCUAUCUCUGCGGUACUUUCCAAUCUCACGGUGACCAUUGGCGGCGGCACGCCCCUCCGGAUCCUACCGUUAGGUGAUUCUAUUACAUUCGGUUACAGGAGCAGCGAUGGAAACGGAUACCGCUGGAGACUUGAACAGGAUCUGUCCCGAGGAAACAGGGUCAAUAUGAUCGGAAGCGUAUCCUCGGGGACGAUGUGCGAUAAUCAGAAUGAGGGACACAACGGUGCCGUUAUCAGCGAGAUCGCCACAUACGCGAACUAUUCAUUACCCAUGCGUCCAAAUGUCGUUCUUGUCCAUGCUGGGACAAACGAUAUGAACCAGCCAGACGAUCCGGAUAGCGCCCCUGCGCGUCUCGGAAGCCUGAUCGAUCAAAUCGUCGCUGCUUGCCCUGAUGCCGCUGUUCUAGUAGCUAAGAUCAUCCCCGCAGCUAACCCGACUACUAUGGCUCGGAUCAAUACCUACAAUAAGGCGGUCCCAGGCGUCGUGGCGAAGCGUGCCAGGGCGGGCAAAACGGUCAUGGUUGUCGAUUUCAGUCACGCGCUGACAACGAAGGAACUUGUGGACGGUCUCCAUCCGACAGACGAGGGAUACCGGAAGAUGGGUAAUGUUUGGUACAGGGGCAUACAGAAGGCUGGCCUAAAGGGCUGGAUCAAGCCGCCUGUGGAAGGGACAAAGUCUCCCAACUAGGACGAACUAGCUCUUCGGAUUUUCGAUUGUCUGUGGCCAUGGCACGUGAAGCUCUACGAGUCGCAAUCGCCAGGAGCGAAAAGAGAGAUAUAUGCACCGUCAAGGGAAGGGCCGGUUCUUCCAUAUCGACCUGCUUUUUUAUGAGCUACGAUGCUUAUCACGAGUUGUUCAUUUGCUUCUAUGGGAUAUGAGAAAUGUGUAUAUCAUGUCCUGUAUAGUGUGGGGGACGAUACCUUAAUAAUGCCACAAAAUAAUAUUGUAUAGUCCAUUCAGCGCAUACCUGCAUCUAUUUCAAAGUUACUCUCAAUCUUCCCUCUACUUGUCCAUAAAAGCAUCGUUGAUAGGAAUUAAUGGG